AUUCCAUCAGAUCCCACUUAAAGAUAUAUGCGUUGAGAAGCUGAAUUGAAUGUUGAAUUUAUUAUUAUUGUGAUUUUUAAUAUCCAAGGUUGCCAUCCAUCAAAAUUCAGAUCUGUGCUCAUUGUUUGGGCUGCCUUGCUUUAACCUUCUGAGAUUUGUCUCGCUUGUGCUCAGUCUAAGGCUUAAUUUGAUCGCGAUCAUGCACGGACCGGACUAUGACCAUGCCAGGGGGUUGUUCCUGCGCUCAGCACUUUUCCAUACCUGGCAGCUGGUGGACGAGGAGGGAAACAAGUACCCUCUGGAGCCAUUCAGCGUGAUCGGAAAUACCGAAGACUCGACUGUGUCGAUUCCUCCCGUUCCGAUUCCGUUUCGUGUCGAGGCAGUGGCCUCCGAGGAAUUCGAUGGCUACACCUUCUACGAAGAGUGGAAAAUCGAGAACAUUGGCAACUUUGCAUUGGCAGAAUCGGUUCUCGAGAUUGGACAGGGCCAGCUGAUUCAAAUCGCUGGCCAUCGCUUCUGGUUGGAUUGGGCUGACGAUGACAGUGAUGACUAAUGUGUGUUGACAUCAACCACUCUUUAAAUGUUAAAAAUAUAAUAAGGAAAAGCAUAGCUGCUAACAAUAUUGCUGCUGCCCAUCCCUUAUUAUGUUCUUUUUAGAGGCUUAGCUAAUGUAUUUCAAUUCCCAAUUCAACUUAUUUGUUUCCACUUGUAUACAUAUUUUUACUUAGCAUAAUAUACAAAACUUAGUUGUGUCCA